UCUAAUUACGCAACUUAAAAGACAAAGAUAUUUCCAGACUAAUAGCCAAUGCCAUUGCCACUGCUAUUCGAAAUCUACUUGUACCUACGAAAUUGUCCCUAUCCAGGUCUAAUCAUCUAGUCAUAAGCCGUAAUCAAACAACUUCCCACCCAUACUAUCUACCUAUCACAGGAAUCAAGUCUGAAUUCCGAAGUCGGAAGCCAUGUCUUUAACAAUUCUGUCAGAUGAACAGAUUCAGAGUUUAUUAGAGAACCUGACCCCAGAUGAAGCCCAAGAGUUUGUCGAUAAGCUGAGAAAUGCUCUCCACGAGUAUUCCACUGGUAUCCAAUCCUCACAAGAUGGCGUCCUUCAUCAGCCCGAACGGAUUGCGGUAAAUUCAACCACUACCGGCGCCACAACGUUGUUCAUGCCUUCGUUUGGCGUACUUGGCCACGCGAUAAAAGUUGUGACGUUAUCAUCUGCAAAUGCCGAUCCCAAGCUACCUACUAUCAAGCCUACUGGUUCUGUAACUUUAUACUCGCCCCAAGGACCCCCUAUAGGUUUUCUGCACGCGCAAACACUCACUGCUUUCCGCACCGCCCUCGCUUCUUCCAUUCUCUUACAAAAGCGGACAAAUGUUCGGACCAUAACGGUUUUCGGCUCGGGUUUGCAAGCUUACUGGCAUGUUCGCUUGGCGUUGAUGCUACGGGGUGACACCAUCCGCCAAGUCUACAUUAUCAACCGACAAUUCAGUGAAAGUGCCAGAAUAACUUUCAAGAAAAUUUACGGUGUACCUCAAGAUCUCAAACAACGUGAAGGCUGGGACCAGGCGCAGUUCAGUCUUCUCACCCCGACCUACGGCGAGUAUAGCAGGCUGCUAAAAGAGCAUCUGAGGGCGUCAGACGUUAUCUACUGCUGCACCCCUAGUACCGAAAAUCUUUUCGAUGCGAGCAUCCUGACAAACAAUGAAGGGCGCAGGAAAGGUAGGCUAAUCGUGGCAGUUGGGAGUUACACUCCGCAAAUGCGUGAGUUGCCGCGAGAGUUGCUACUUCAAGCGACGAAACCCCACGCUUCCGGACAUUUGCAUUAUCAUAAGCACGCAACAGAGGGAGGAGUUAUCGUGGUGGACACCUUGGACGGCGCAAUGAAAGAGGCUGGUGAGAUUAUCGAGUCCGGAUUGGCUCCCAGGCAGCUUGUCGAAUUAGGUGAAUUGGUCAUGAUCCAUCGACUGACAAAGGAGGAAGAGGAAUCACUCCCGUCGCAGAGUUCCACGGAAGCCUCGUCUAUAAACGAUUCCUUUGAAAAGCUAGACCUCACAUCUCCAUCUAUAUCCAGCAUCUACGGAUCUGAAUCCGGCAGCACCUCCAUCUUAGGCGACGGAAGCAAGCGGUCCUCCUCGCGCAGCCCCAGCCGAGGGGGCAGCGGCAGCGGCUUCCCACACUCCCUGCACAAGCGCAACUCCUCGAACCAAGGACUCGCCUCGGAGAGCCAAAAGCAGCAAAACAACCACCACCAUCACCUGUCCCGCUGGCUCUCCAUCGGCAACGUCAUAUACAAGAGCGUGGGCCUCGGCCUCAUGGACUUGACCGUCGGGUUUGAGGUCGUGCGGCUGGCCAAGGAAAAGGGGCUGGGUAGUCAUGUCGAAAGCUUCUCUGCGUCGUCCUCGUAGUACGAGGAUCAUGCUUUGAAAGUGCACGUCCUGGAUGAUAUGCGGCUGCCGUCGCCGUCGCCGUCAGCGUUGGUAGGGUUCCCGUCGAGAAGAUCCAAGUCGAGGCGUCGGCUUACGCGGUAGCUGUACGUAUCUUUUACGAACCUACCCCUAAAUUGAGUUGUGUUGUGACGGAGAAGAAACUAGAGAGGGAGAAAUGAACAAAUAAAACCCAUGCACAGGAGAGGGGAGACGAUAAAGUUACUAUAAUCUUGGUAACGGUCAUGAUUGUAAUACUAGGUAGGUACUAAGAUCGGUAAAUAAAC